AUGCAGAGAGCCCUCCGGAUGAACGAUGGCCAUGUCAUGGCCCUGGGGAUGCUGGCCCAGAAAGAGGGCACGCGCAAAGGCUACCUGUGCAAGAGGAGUUCGGACAGCCAAAAAUGGCAUACCAGGUGGUUUGCGCUGUUUCAGAACAUGCUCUUCUACUUCGACAGCGACACUAGCCCUCGGCCCUCGGGGCUCUACCUGCUGGAAAGCUCUAUCUGCAAACGCGCGCCCUCACCCAAGCGAGGUAGUUCCUCCAAGGAGUCCAGCAGCAAACAGCAAUAUUACUUCACAGUGAUCUUCUCCAGUGAAAACCAGAAGCCCUUAGAGCUGAGGACCGAUGAUCUCGACGACUGUGAUCAGUGGGUGAUGGCGAUCUCUAGCGUCAGCUACAAGAUACUGGCCACAGAGCAUGAAUCACUCAUGCAGAAGUACCUGCACCUGCUGCAGGUCGUGGAGGCAGAGAAGACCGUGGCUAAGCAGCUGAGACAGCAGCUCGAGGAUGGCGAGAUGGAGAUCGAGCGGCUGAAGUCAGAGGUGACUAUUUCAAACCUGAUGAAGGCCAAUGAACGUGCACGGGCCAAUAUGCAGACUACCGAUGAGGAUGAGGACCUCAAGAAAAUUAAGAAGGUCCAGAGCUUUCUUCGGGGAUGGCUGUGCCGGCGAAAGUGGAAGAACAUCAUCCAGGACUACGUCCGGUCUCCCCACGCUGACAGCAUGCGCAAGAGGAACCAGGUUGUGUUCAGCAUGCUGGAGGCCGAGGCUGAAUACGUGCAGCAACUACACGUCCUUGUCAACACUUUCCUGCGCCCACUGCGCAUGGUCGCCAGCUCUAAGAAACCCCCUAUAACACAUGACGACCUCAGCAGUAUCUUUCUGAACAGUGAGACCAUCAUGUUCCUGCAUCAGAUCUUCUACCAAGGCCUGAAGGCCCGUAUUGCCAGCUGGCCCACCCUGGUGCUGGCGGACCUGUUUGACAUCCUGCUGCCAAUGCUUAACAUCUACCAGGAGUUUGUCCGCAACCACCAGUACAGCCUCCAGAUCCUAGCACACUGCAAGAAAAACCGCGACUUUGACAAGCUUCUCAAGCAGUAUGAGGCCAAGCCCGACUGCGAGGAGCGCCCACUGGAGACCUUCCUCACCUACCCAAUGUUCCAGAUCCCCAGGUACAUCCUGACACUCCAUGAGCUGCUGGCCCACACACCUAAUGAGCAUGUGGAGCGCAACAGCCUGGACUAUGCCAAAUCCAAACUAGAGGAACUGUCCAGGGUCAUGCAUGACGAAGUCAGUGAGACCGAGAACAUCCGCAAAAACCUGACCAUUGAGCGUAUGAUCGUAGAGGGCUGUGACAUCCUCCUUGACACCAGCCAGACCUUCGUGCGCCAAGGCGCCCUCAUCCAGGUGCUCACGACAGAAAGGGGCAGGACCAGCAGGGGCCGCCUGGGGUCUCGGUCCAUAAAGAAAGAGUAUGAGCGCCAGUGUUUCCUGUUCACCAAGCAUCUCAUCAUCUGCACCAGAGGCUCUGGUGAGAAACUGCACCUAAUCAAGAACGGAGUCAUAUCCCUCAUCAACUGCAGCUUACUGGAUGAACAAGAAACCAGGAAAGAUGAAGCCAGAGCAGCUGUACAAGAGGUAGAACAUUUGGACUUUAAGAUCGUGGUGGAGCCAAAGGAGUCCCCGUCCUUCACGAUCACCCUGGUGGCCUCAACCCCGCAGGAGAAGGCAGCGUGGGUCAGUGACAUUAUGCAGUGCGUGGAUAAUAUCCGCUGCAAUGAGCUCAUCACGAAUGCCUUUGAAGAAGUUUCCAAAGUCUCCGUGCCGCAGAUGAUCAAGUCUGAUAAAUCCUUAUACUGUGAUGAUGUUGACAUUCGCUUCAGCAAAACCAUGAAUUCUUGCAAAGUGCUGCAGAUCCGCUAUGCCAGCGUGGAUCGCCUGCUGGAGCGCCUGACUGAUCUGCGCUUCAUGAGUAUUGACUUUCUCAACACCUUCAUGCACUCCUACCGAGUCUUUACCACUUCUUCGGUGGUCCUAGACAAGCUGAUCGAUAUUUACAGAACGCCUAUCAAUGCAUUUCCUUCCAGAUCACUGGAAUUCUUGUUUUCCAGGAAUCGAAAAAAGGAUUCGGAUGAAGAGGCCCCCAAGUCUCCUCAUGGCAGUCGCAAGGUCUCCUCACCACCACCCUUGGGCGUCGGAACAUCGCCCCCAAGCCGCCAUCGGAAGAUGUCCCUCAACGUCCCCAUCAUCACAGGCGGCAAGGCGCUGGAACUGGCUUCACUCGGGAGCAGCUCUGAUGGCUACCCCAACAUACACACACCCAUAGCUCCCUUCGGCAAAACCACGCUGGACUCCAGCAAGCACUCUGUGGCCAGCGGCUUCCGCAGGACUCCAGAGGAGAGUGACAGGACCACCCCAAUUAAAGAGAGGCCUAGGGAGCUAGUAGCCCUCAGGAAGCAGGCCCCUGAUGUCUUGAGAGAAGAGCCUGAUGAUGACCGGAACCAGAAUGAUGAAGACAACACACGAACAUCACCAAUUAGAUCUCCACCUCCACUGUUCGAAAACAAAUCAGGUACGUUCCCCAAGUUCCCACUCUUAAACUACAGUGGAGUCGUGAUACCCACAUGUCGUGAUAUGGUGGACAAUCAAACCACUCUCUCAGCUACUUCUGCCUUUGCCAUAGCGACUGCAGGAGCCAAUGAAGGCCCCUCAAACAAGGAGGUGUUUCGAAGGAUGUCUUUGGCCUCAGGAGUUUCCGAAGAACAGAGAAAUAGCGACAAAGAUUUUGUGAUCCGCAGAGCUGCCACCAAUCGUGUGCUGAACGUGCUCCGCCACUGGAUCACCAAGCACACUCAGGAUUUUGACACCAAUGAUGAACUCAGAGUCAGGGUUAUCUGCUUCCUGGAUGAGCUCGUUCAUGAACCAGAACUUCUGCCACAAGAGCGAAAGGCAGCAUCCAGCAUCUUGAGGUGUCUAUCCCAUGCUGAGACAACGGAAAGCAAUAGAAUGCUGUCCAGGAUCAUACUGAUGACGGAGGGUAUGAAGACUGAGCCCUUCGAAAACCACUCAGCCCUGGAGAUAGCAGAGCAGCUGACCCUGCUGGAUCACCUUAUCUUCAAGAGUAUUCCUUAUCAGGAAUUCUUUGGCCAGGGCUGGAUGAAAGACGAGAAGUAUGAAAAGACACCUUACAUCAUGAAAACCACCAGACACUUCAACCAUGUCAGUGACUUCAUUGCUUCAGAAAUUAUCCGAAUUGAGGACAUCAACUUGAGGGCAAAUGCCAUCGAGAAGUGGGUGGCUGUGGCCGACAUAUGCCGCUGCCUCCAGAACUACAAUGCUGUGCUGGAGGUCACUUCCUCCAUCAACCGCAGUGCAAUCUUCCGACUCCAAAAGACAUGGCUCAAAGUUUCUAAGCAGACAAAGUCUUUGUUUGACAAGCUCCAAAAGCUUGUGUCAACAGAUGGCAGAUUUAAGACCCUCAGAGACACUUUGAAAAAAUGUGAUCCACCCUGUGUUCCUUACCUGGGGAUAUAUCUCACCGACUUGGUGUUCAUCGAGGAGGGGACACCCAAUUACACAGAGGAAGGCCUGAUCAACUUCUCCAAGAUGAGGAUGAUCUCCCAUAUUAUCCGAGAGAUUCGCCAGUUUCAGCAGAGUAGCUACAACAUCCAGCCCCAGCCAAAGGUAAUUCAGUACUUACUGGAUGAAACAUUUAUGUUGAAUGAAGACAGUCUGUAUGAGGCUUCACUCAUACUUGAACCAAGACUCCCCACAUGAAGCUGUACUCCCCACCUCCGCCGUAACCCCAGCUGCUUCUGUGAACACCCGCUAUACGAUAUUCUAUAUUACCGUUCUUUGCCUCUGUACUUGUUCUUCAGCGUGCGCUUCUCUGAGAAUAUCUUCAGCGCAUGCUUCUCUGAGAAUAUCUUCAGCUUCUCUGAGAAUAUAUAAUCUCUUCUUGUCCUGUAAAAGCAAAAUACCAAUGUCUGCGCUAAAACUAUAGAUGUGUGCACUCUCAGACUGCCUCAUCCUCUUGAAGCUUGUUCCUUCAAACAGCUGUAC